AUGAGCAGCGUGAACCACCAACAGGCCAGCCAGCUCCUGCAUAACAAGUUCGUGGUGGUGCUGGGCGACUCCAUUCAGAGGUCUGCAUACAAGGACCUCGUUUUAUUGCUACAAAGGGACAAAUAUCUCUCCUUAAGGCAACUAAGGACCAAGGGUGAGAUGAGCUUCGAGCAGGACUGCCUGGUGGAGGGGGGUUGCCUCAGUGAAAUGAACAACGGGACGUCGUACAGAGAGGUCCGGCAGUUUCAGACGGACCACCACCUGGUCCGCUUCUACUUCGUGACGCGCGUCUUCUCUCGGUACAUGCAGAGCAUCAUUGAAGACUUCCGCCAUGGCUUGAAACCAGAUGUAGUCAUCGUCAGCUCCUGUGUUUGGGACAUUUCAAGGUACAAGGCCAGAUGGACUGACGACUACAAGGAGAACCUGCAGAGCUUCUUUGGGGAGCUGAGGGCCUGUUUGCCAGAGGAAACGCUGGUCAUAUGGAACCUGUCCAUGCCGCUAGCAGAGAGGAUCAAAGGUGGCUUCCUGGUGCCCGAGAUUGAGCAUAAAGCUGCACAUCUGCGUUACGACGUGAUCGAGGCAAACUUCUACUGUCAGACUGUGGCUGAUGUGUACGAGAGGGAUGUGUUGGACCUGCACUUCCAGUUCCGCCUCUCUCUGCAUCAUCGUAGUAAGGACGGAGUCCACUGGAACAGCAUUGCCCACCGCUGGAUAACCUCUCUUCUGUUGAAGCACAUCGCACAAGCCUGGGGCGUGAAACUGACUCUUCCUCUGACUGCAGUUGCAAACACAGAAGUUACUUGUGAGCAGCCUCCCCAAAACGCUGCUCCAAGACUUGCAGGAUCGGGCGGACAAGACUUCUUCAGUGACGUGGUGUCUUCUGACUACUUGAGCUUUGAGGAAGAAGGCCAGCGGCCCCGUCGCCACAGGGCUGCCAGAACCUCCAGACCUGCCGUCAAACCUCAGCGCCCCCCGGCCCAAAGAUGUCAGUAUAAUCCCGGACCGUCCAACAACGGUCAGCCUUUUGGUUUCAACAACAUGGCUCCGUACUACUUUGAGCCCUACAGCUACCACCAUCAGUACGUGAUGAGGACCCGGCACGCCAGACACCACUACAACCCGUACGCCCCGUACGCCCCGUACGCCUCGUACUCCCCGUAUGGCCCGUACGGCCACCACAGACCACCUCACUAUGGCCAUCAUGGCUACUACUGAAGCAGAGCUGCUUUUUGAGGCCGAUAACACAAUACUGUUAUCCCAUAAGUCCCUCCCAGCACCAAAAAGGUUUUAAUUCUUCUCUUCAUAGUAAAAAUUGCUUUUUCUAUAGUGUCUUGUUUUUUCUAAUAAUGAAGAAUAAAGUUUAACUG